AUGGGAACCUUGCACUCUGUAAUUAGGGGGGAGAAAUCCACGAAGUCGCCAGAAUCUAAGGUAAAGGAGUCUGGUAGGUUGUCGUACUACGGUCGGAAUUGCGCUGCCGAUAAAGAUUCAAGGUCCCUAAAUCGGAGAACGAGCAGCCACCAGGUGGACUCGAACCUAACAAGAGUGCCCAAUAAUUCUCAAAGUAGAACGGACUCCCUGGGAACUGAUCCGUCAUUAGUUGAGUCACCUUUAGACACAACCAUCAACUCUAGGGGUGCAGGGAGGUGCUAUGAAUUGAAGAAGUCGCAGAGGCCUAGCAGAGAUGCCGAUGUGAGACGCACUAGAUUGACUGAUGUUUCGCCCGCUGGAGGUCGCAAAAAGAAUUCGAGACCGAGACGAGAGAACUCAAUCCAGAGGAGUGUCGCUAACCAGGUUGGAGAUCAAGUUACGCAAAGUAAAUUCAUACAGGCUGGUGUUGGUUAUGCGUUUAUGCGAGAUAACGAGACUAACACCAUACAACCGAUAUUUCCUAACAGCACGCCAGUAGGCGUUAAGAAGUGUGUCUUGCAACCAUCCAUGGUUACGCCAUGUUUGGCGCCUAGUCAGGCUUAUGGAGACGAAGGCAAAGUUCACGACGAUGCUACACGCAGGAAACAGACCGAGGCAAUAAAUAAAAUGCUCAACGAUCCUGAUGACCGACGAAUACGGACGAUUUGUGAACGAUUCCAAUGUGAUCUAGACAUCUACGCUAAAAAUCUCAUAGGCGGCUUCAUGCAAUAUACGGUAGACAUUGCGGCUCCAAAUGCCUCAAACCUUCUCGGAUGUGCAAAAAACCUGGACUUGGCCCUAGGUUGGCACAUAGCACAACAGCUUAAUCAUGGUAACAGCAAAAGAUAG